AAAAUACUUAAGAAACGUUAGGAACCAAAUAUUUGAGUAUUUGUUCUCUCGAGGAUCAUUGUAGAUGUAACACACACAGGACAGCAUGGCUGAUGAACCUCCAGAGAAGAAAAUUAAACAAAAUAAACCCUCAAAUGAAGAGGGUGAAGAGAGAAUAAACUGGAGGAAACGGAAAGAACAAAAGAAAGAGGAGAAGAGACGGAGGAAAGAGAGCAAACUCAUCCAGCAGCUGGAGAAACAGGAGCAGAAGCAGAAGAAAGAGGAGGAAAACAAGCAGCAGGUUCAGCAGGAAGAGAAGGAAAGUAAAGGUCGUGCGUAUACUUUGAGCGUGGCUCUGCCAGGCUCAGUGAUGGAUAACGCUCAGUCACCAGAGCUGCGGACGUACCUGGCGGGUCAGAUCGCCCGGGCGUGUGGUGUGUUCUGCGUGGAUGAGGUGGUCAUAUUUGACGAGCUGGGCGAGAACGCGAAGAGCGUUGAGGGAGAGUUCAGAGGCAUUGGAAAGAAAGGCCAGGCCUGCGUCCAGCUCGCACGCAUCUUGCAAUACCUCGAGUGUCCACAAUAUCUGCGGAAAUCUUUCUUCCCGAGGCAUCCAGACCUGCAGUUUGCUGGUCUGUUGAAUCCUCUGGACAGCCCGCAUCACAUGCGCAUGGAUGAGGAGGCGGAGUUUCGAGAGGGGGUCGUGCUCGACCGGCCCAGCAAACCGGGGAAAGGGUCCUUCGUCAACUGCGGGAUGAGGAAGGAAGUUCAGAUCGAUAAACAGCUAAAAACGGGACUGAGAGUGACUGUACAGCUUAACAAGAACCAAAACAAAGAGGGUAGAGUGUAUAAAGGUGCAGUUGUGGCUCCUCACGUCCCGAGGACAGAAGGUGGGCUGUACUGGGGCUACAGCGUCCGACUGGCUUCCUGUCUCAGCGCCGUGUUCACAGAGUGUCCGUAUAAAGGCGGGUAUGAUCUGACCAUUGGCACAUCAGAGAAGGGAAAGAACGCAGAUCACGUCACUUUAUCUCCAUUCAAGCACAUGCUGGUGGUGUUUGGUGGUCUUCAGGGGCUGGAGGCCAGUGUUGAUGCCGAUGAGAAUCUGAACAUCACUGAACCCAGCGUGCUCUUUGACCUUUACCUCAACACCUGCCCUGGGCAGGGCAGUCGCACCAUCCGCACCGAGGAGGCCAUACUGAUCAGUUUAUCAGGACUCAGGCAGAAAAUCGCAGCUGUAUUUCCUGACCUGUCCAAAGGAUGACCACAGGAAGUGCAUUUAAAGGACUAUAACUGUCUGCAGCAGGAAGUGCAGCAACUGGAUGAGCUGACCGUGUCCACUCAUAUCUGUAAAAUCAAAAGCCUUGACCUUAUGAAUUUAAAGUGUAUACAACUUUUGCAUUCUUUAUCAAUGUACAUUUUGUGAAUCAUUUUGUAUUGACUCUUUAUUGAAAUAUUACUUUGUAUCAGUGAACUGUCAAAGUUAGAACCAUAAACGAACAAAUCAUGAAACUCUGUUUUCAAACAUAUACAUUUAUUUUUUCAAGACAGGCAUGUAAAGAACAUUCAUAAUGAGCAAAACAGUCCGCUCAUAUACUGUCAGAAUACUGCAACCAUGAGUAAUAAUCAUCAUUAUCAUAAAGGUACAUACUGAUUUCAGUCUGAAACCCUGUCCAGAUCAGUUCAUCUCAAUACAAUGCCCAUUACCCACAAUCCCUCUGCUCUUGUGCUUGGGCAGAUGGUUGAUUCAACAUUAAGGGUGAUAACUGAGGUCAUUUCGAGCAGGACUUGAAAAUUAAAUUUAAAAAUGUAAUGUUUCAGAUGUUUACAGUGAAAUUUGUCAUUCCGUUCUUCUC